GUUCAAACCCCGCUCCUGGAGACAAUCAUCCUCAGAAUCCAAACUCACUGAGUACUGUUUCCUCGCGAAAACACGCCCACCGAACUUUGAAAAAUCAGAAAAAACAUCCUAUUCAACAUGACUUCUAUUUCUAUGCCUACUGACAGGUACACCGUGGGCUGGAUCUGUGCUCUCCCUCGUGAACUGGCAGCCGCCAAGGCUGUCCUGGAUGAGGUCCAUGAAAGCCCACGAAACCUACAACCAAAUGAUGAUAAUACCUACAUACUUGGCAGGAUCCAACAGCACUAUGUGACCAUAGCCUCUCUUCCUGCUGGCCAGUACGGAAUCGGCUCGGCUGCAACGGCGGCGCAGCAGAUGCGCUCAAGCUUCAAGAGCAUUCGAUUUGGGUUGUUAGUGGGCAUCGGUGGUGGAAUUCCAACAGAGGAUAACGAUAUUCGGCUUGGAGAUGUGGUGGUCGGUCAGCCCUCUGGACAAUCAGGAGGGGUGAUUCAGUAUGACCUGGGCAAGGAUUAUGGAACUUUCUUCGAACGGACUGGCUUUCUGAACGCCCCGCCAGCCAUUCUACUCAAUGUACUGAAUGCCCUCAAAGCAGAGCAUAAACUUCAACCCCCCAAGUUUCUCGACUUUCUCGCAACUGUGGUGCAGAGAUACCCAAUCUUCUCUCACCCAGGGGUCAGCCAUGACGUCCUCCACGAAUCAGGCCAGCGCCGUGAUACUGAUCCAGUGGUUCAUUACGGUCUUAUUGCCUCUGGAAAUAAGGUCAUCAAGGAUGCUACAGCUAGGGAUCAGAUGCGGCAAGAGCUCGGUGAUAUACUCUGUUUUGAAAUGGAAGCCGCUGGUCUGAUAAACAACUUUCCCUGUCUUGUCAUCCGCGGCAUCAGCGACUAUGCAGACUAUCAUAAGAAUGACUAUUGGCAAGAUUAUGCUGCCAUAGUGGCUGCCUGCUAUGCUAAGGAGCUUCUCUAUGUUGUGCAACCCCGUGAGAUUGAAAUUGCCGAGAAGGCAUCAAGCAUAAUCCAUCAUAAGCAAUGCCAGACUGUGCCAUUUGACCGAAACCCUCGUUUCAUUGGCAGACAAAGUAAAGUGGACCAACUGCACAAAAUGGUUUUCGCGAAGAACAGGAAUAGCCCACGAAAAGCAGCAAUUACAGGACUUGGAGGGAUGGGAAAGACUCAGGUCGCACUCGAGCUCGCCUAUUCUGUUCAAGAUCAGGACCCAACGCUCUCUGUUUUCUGGAUUCCAUCCACCAGCAUCGAAGCCAUUGAGCAAGCAUUCAUGAGCAUCAGCGAACAGCUCCAAUUACAGAAUGUGACAGCUGCCAAUGUGAAGUCUCAAGUAAAGGCAUACCUGAGCUCAGAAAUGGCCGGCUCCUGGCUACUCAUAAUCGAUAAUGCAGACGAUGCGGAUAUUUGGAUGAAGUCUAGCCCUUCAUUACCUGCGUUAAAAACCUUUCUGCCCCAGAACCGAAAUGGGUUCAUUCUUUUCACCACCCGGAAUCAACAGCUCGCAACGCAACUGGUUGGACCGGGUAUUAUAAGACUGUCAGAAUUGGAUGACGUGAUGGCUAUUGAUUUGUUGAAAGCAUCACUUAUCAACCCAGACUUGACUAAGGAUCAUGAAACCACGACCACAUUAGUCCGCCAACUAUGUGGUCUGCCCCUGGCCCUGAGCCAAGCUGCAAGCUUCAUUAAUGAGAACGACAUCUCGCUGGAAGCUUAUCUAUCUCUACUCAAUCAGCAAGGGAGCGCGAUGAUUGAGCUACUCAGUGAAGAGUUUGAGGAUGAAUUCCGAUACCCUGACAUCAAGAAUCCAGUGGCUUCUACCUGGCUGGUAUCCUUCCAGCAGAUUCAAAAGUCAUCUGAUAUGGCAGCUCAAUAUCUUUCAUUCAUGGCAUGCAUAGAGGCGCGAGAUAUACCCCUAUCUCUUCUUCCACCUGCCGAGUCAAACAUUGAGCAGCAGAAGGCGCUAGGAAUACUAAAAGCCUAUGCUUUUAUUACCAUGCAAAGCAACAGUCAUCUUAUCAAUAUGCACCGUCUUGUUCAUCUGGCGAUCCGGAAUUGGUUACAGAUGGAAGAUCAACUUCUGAAAUGGGUAGUCAAAGCUAUUGAGCAUUUUAAUGACAUCUUCCCAUCUGACGACCAUCAUAAUCGAGGUUUAUGGCGGGAAUAUUUACCCCAUGCUCAAUUUAUUCUCCAAAAUAAAGUGCUUCCACAGGGUGUGGAAGUCCAGGAGGAAUUUGCUCAAUGUGUCGGACGCUGUCUUUUUGAGGAUGGACGAUAUAGGGAAGCAGAGGUGCUGUUUCAAGCAGUCUAUAAAGCGCGACAUGGACGGCCUGGCCGAUGGAAGGAAGCUGAAGAGCUUGAGGUGCAGGUGAUAGAGAUAAGCAAGAGAGUGCUUGGCGCCGAGCACCCUGAUACACUGAGAAGCAUGGGCAAUCUUGCUGACACUUUGAAAUCUCUAAAACGCAAUGAUCAGGCCAUUGCCUUGCUUGAGGAUUGUCUUCAAUUACGGGAGAAGAAGAUUGGCUCUACUCAUCCCGAUACGAUCGAAACCGCGAAAAUACUGCAAUCUUGGCGAGAUAGCACUGUCGAUGAAACUCCUUUUGAGCAAAGCCUAUCCGCUUCUGAUACAGGCCCAGCCACGCUUCCGUCCUAUGGUCAAGGGCGAGGCAAAUUCCACCCGCUACUGUCUCUGUUGAGACGCCCCCAUCAAGCCACGAACCGAGAUGAUGAUGAUGAUGAUGUAGAUUAA